AUGAUGCUACAAACAUCAGAGCAAGAGGAGUUUAGCUAUAAAAGAGGAGCUUCGAAUGGACCUGAGCAUUGGGGAGAUAUCAGUAAGGAUUGGGAGACCUGUAAAACUGGGCGCAUGCAGUCACCAGUAGCUGUAGAUGAUAAAAAUAUAAUAGUAGCGCGCCAACCUGAGGAUCUCCAAUGGAGUUAUCGUUCUGAAAAAGCUGUGAUGAUGAAUCAUGGGCAUGCCAUAGUGAUUGAAUGGAAAGAUGAAGCAGGAGCUGUUUGGAUCAACAAGACAGAAUAUCCAUUGAAGCAAGUGCAUUGGCACAUGCCUUCAGAGAACACAAUUAAUGGUCAUCGAUUUGAUUUAGAGGUUCAUAUGCUUCACCAGCGUGCCACUGACCAAAAAAUGGCCAUGAUAAGCAACUUAUAUAAAAUCGGUAAUCCAGAUCCAUUCUUUACCAAGGUUGAGAAAUAUAUUGGUGCCAUAAGCAGAAAAAUGGAUGCCAAAGUGGAGAUAGGAAUUAUAGAUCCUAAGGAGAUAAGUAGAGUGAUUGACAAAUAUUAUAGAUUGAAGGGAUCUAUAACUAUUCCACCAUGCACUGAAGGAGUUACAUGGACUAUCAAUAGAAAUGUCAGAACUAUAUCAGUAGAGCAGCUGAAAUCAUUAAAAGAAGCAGCUGUAGUCGGAUAUGAAAUGAAUGCAAGACCUCUACAACCACUUAAUGGCCGGGAGGUUGACUUGUUCGCAUAA